AUGAUUUCUCUUCCCGAAGACGAUUCUCCCCGUUUUUCUCGUGCCCAUGAAGAACCCUAUACGCUCAAGCAAGAGUCCACUGUGGGAUUCCCGACUCGAAUAGCCAAUUGCCUUCGUUUCUACGAUAUCCCCGCCAUCAACUUUGUGAUCAUUGGCAUUUUGGGCAUUUUCCUCCUCAAGUUGACCACAAAAUACAAGGAGCUUUACAUGAAGAACUCGCUUAUCACCAUCAUCGUCACCAACUUGGUCUUGUACGGCAUUUCCGAAACGUUGGCCCAGACAAUCUUGUGCUACAACCCAAACUCGCCUCGUGUCAGUUUCCGCAUAAGAGAGCGCCGCAGAUCCUUUGCCUUGUCCAGAGAAGAAUUCCGCCGCCGUUCUGAAAGCCUCACACUGAAUCCGGAUGAUCCAAUCGAUGAUGAAAACCUCAACAGCUUUCUCGAUUAUAUCCAAGCUGCGGACAAUGAGAGCAUGACAGGAGAUGCCUCCAGCAUAAUAGAAAGCGAGACUCCGCUACGCUUGACGUAUUUCCAUUUUAACAGAUUGGCUGGCUUUAUGUGCUGGGGCUUCAUCUUGGCGUUUUUUCAGAGCUGGUGGUACAGUUUCCUCCACACUUACACAAAGCAUCCGCAGUUCAUCGAAGUGAUCCGCAAAGUCAUGUCAGACCAGUUCUGCUAUUCUCCGGUUUCGCUCUGUUGCUUUUUCAUUUACGGAACAAUGGUACUUGAAAGUGGCACAUGGGAAGAUGCAAAGGCAAAGUUGCGGCGGGUCUACUUGAAAACACUAAUUGUCAACUUUUCCGUCUGGUUUCCUGUCCAGUUUAUUAAUUUUCUUUUGGUGCCUCGAAGCUUUCAAGUUCCGUUUUCCUCCUCUGUUUCUGUGCUCUGGAAUUGUUUCUUGUCGAUGAGAAACUCUUCCUCCUAA